AUGAAGAUCAUUGUCGUUGGUUCCGGUAUUGGCGGUAUCUCUGCUGCCUACCACUUGGUUAAGGAUGGUCAUGAAGUUGUAUUGCUCGAAAAAAACGCGACUAUUGGUGGACAUGCAUACGAGAUGAAAAUCGAUGGUGAGAUGGUGGACAUCGGCUUCAUGAUGUUUGGCGACUCGAAUCCCAAUAUUAAAGAAUGGUUCAAGAUGCUAGGCGUCACCCAGCCCGACGUUUGCUCAACCUCUUCGACAUUCGCAUCUGGCGCGUGCUCAUCGACAUUUACAAAUUCACAAUGGAUCUCAUGA